AUGGCAGAACUUCCCUGGGAGAUCUGGCUUCUCGUGGCCGGAAGCCUUGAUCGACCUGGUUUCGCAAGCUUGAGUACCACUAGCAUAGGUUUACACACUAUCCUCAAGCCAACAAGGACUGGAUACAAGUUCCUUGAUAUCCUAGCCAGGGGACAUGAAGGAGCCGCUGUUAGUUUUGUAAGGCGUCAUCAGCAAAUUGAUUUAGGCGUAUGUGACCAGCAGCAGAGAACUGCCCUCGAGUGUGUAGUGAGUCGGGGGUACAACUUCGUCUUUCACUUAUUGCUCGCACGCCCUCAAGCAAAGAGCCGACUUGAGACGUACGGAGCGCUGGGAGAUACCCCGUUGAUCUUGGCUGCGCGACACAAUCAGGACCAGAUUGUUUCCGUACUCGUUGGCGCAGGAGCAAAUAUCAAUGCUCGUAACGCUUCUAAUCAAAGUGCACUCUAUUGGGCAGUAAAGAACGGCAGCUACUGCAUGGUUGAGAAGCUACUUGGCGCAAAGGCUGACAUCACAUUCACAUAUGAAGAAGAAAUGACGGCCUUAUGGGUAGCAGUCAAGGGACGACAACUGGCCAUUGCCAAGCUACUCAUUUCAUAUGGAGAAAGUACAAAUACUAGAGACGCACUCGAAGAAACCAUGUUAUGUUGGGCAGUGAAGCGAAGCAACGGUUCUUUUGUAGAGAUGCUGCUAGAUGGUGGCGCAGACCCGAGCCAGGCUGACAAGCUUACCAGAGAUCCGCUGAUGUGGGCAGCCUUGAUCGGAAAUGUGCAGAUUGCGCAACAGCUCCUCUGUCGAGGAGCUUGUCUGCACAGAAAGGACCGAUGUGGCCGCACACCCCUCACUUGGGCCGUGGUGAUGGGCCAUAUGGAAACGGUGCAAAUGCUGCUGGAACAUGGUGCUGAUCCUGAACAAGUUGACAAGUUUGGUUGGACAUCCAUUGCAUUGGGCGCUGCACAGGGCAGCGUGGAAAUGACAGCUUUGCUCUUGAAAAAUGGGGCCCGCGUGGAAAACAAUAGCCAAAAUGCUCAUCUGCCUCUAAUGUUGGCAGUCUCGAAGGGGAAUAUGAGGCUGGCCCGAUUACUCCUUGAUCAAGGGGCUGAUCCUAUGCGACUUGAUAGGUAUGGCUGGUCCCCUCUUAUGGAGGUAGUUCAACAUCAAGAUGUCGACAUGCUCCAAUUGUUGAUUUUUAAAAGUACCCAGGUCUUAGACGUUAGACUGACAAAUCCAUACGGUGACUCAGCCCUAUCGUUGGCUCUUGAUUUGCCAUCGCGGAAAAUUCUGAGCAUCCUUCAGAAUAUGUAA